UUCUUAGAUCACACUCAGUUUAGUAAUCCUACUCUGGGUCGUCUUCCCUCACAUUCUCGGGCUUGCGCUGCAUGUUUUCAUGGAGAGAGAUGAGCGGAUCACAUGCUGGAUGAAGGCUGCGCACUGUCGGGUGAUCGGGUGUGAAAGAGAAUAACCUACGACUUGUUUCGACGUUUCUGUAAUGUGUAGAGGUGAGUCUUCAGGUUGUGGUUGGAACAUCCAAACGCACAACAUGAUUUUUCGCAAACAUGGAUACAACGCAAACGCUACGGCAAUGUGAUGAUUGUUUUCACUGAGGAUGGUGCGUUGCACUAGAAAUGCCCGGUUGUUCGGAAAGUUCUAUAGCACUUAUAAUUCAUUCUUUGGUUCACAUGUGGUUAUUUGAUUUCUUUCAUAUGGAUGUCUGCGACAGACUGGCGACCUGACCAGGGUGUACCCUGCCCUCGCCCGCAGCAGCUGGGAUCGGCUCCAGCCGCCCACGACCCUGAGAAGGACAAGCGUGUAGAAAAUGGAUGGAUGGAUGGACGGAUGUUUUAAGUUAUUAUUGUCAGUUUUCUGUUUUCUUUUUCAGUUCUGACAGCAUUGUUAAGGGUUAAGGCUGUUAAAGUAAAGCAGCUUGUUCAAGUAUGUGCAAGACUGGUCCAGCAAUAAAUGCUCAUCUAAAACCCAAGAACUUUUCUUAGGCUUGAUUUGAACUCAAGGGGAGUAACAUUCUAUGACAAAAGAAAAUGUCAGAAGUUUGAAAUCCUUCGAUGUCAGCUUUUCCUGUCAUUGUGAAGCAGAAUUCACCAAGCGUUGGAUUGUUCACCCACUAAUAGGGAGCAUGAGCUGGGAUUAGACCGUCAUGAGACAGAGACAGCGUUCAUCUUAAUUAAGUAAACAACUGAAAGACAAAACGGCCUGGUUAUUGCUUGAGAGGACGAGGACUAACCAGACAUCCUGCAGCGGAUAUCACCACAUGAACCAGUAAUUCGAGCACAUUUUUCACAUGGUCCUUUGAGCCGGCUUGAUGAAUACUGCGGACAAAAAUGUCCAAUCAAGAAGAAGAAGAAACCAGGCCUAAACACUCAACUCAACCCCCAUCGUACUUCAAGGAGUAUGAGAAUCAGCAAAAAUAUCAAAUGAGCCGGAGAGAACACAGCCUCGAGGAAGGGUCAGUUGGUCAUCAACGCUGUGAGUCUCCAGGUCCACAACAUCGACCUCGUGAGUCCCAGAGUCCACACCAUCAACAGCGUGAGUCUCGAGGUGCACAGCAUCGAUGCCGUGAGUCUCCAGGCCCACGUCAUCGACGCCAUCAGUCCCAGAGCCCAUGCCAUCGACGUUUUGAGUCUCCAGGUCCACAACAUCAGUGCUCAGCACCUCUGAGAAUCAUCCUGCUGGGAAAAACUGGAUCAGGAAAAAGCAAGUUUGGCAAUGCCUUGAUUGGAGAAAAUGUGUUUUACGUGGAUGGUUCUGCAAACUCUGGUACAGGUAAAUGUCAGGCAGCCACCAAAAGAAAUGGCGAAAUCACAGUGGUUGAUACUCCUGGUUUCCUCGAAGAAGUAGAUCUCAAACCUGAGAUUGGGAAGAGUAUCACAGAGUGCUCACCUGGACCGCAUGCUUUUCUCAUUGUCCUCAAAGUGGAGAAAUACACUGAGCAUGAGAAGCAGAUUAUUACAAAAAUAAAGUUAUUUUCUGAAGAGGCUUUUAAAUACGCUGUGCUGGUUUUCACUCAUGGUGACCAGCUUCCUCAGGGAAAGAUGAUCCAAGAGUUUGUCAGUGAAAAAGAGGAUCUGAAAGAGCUUUUAAACAAAUGUGGUGGCCGCUGUCAUGUUGUUAUAAUAAAUACUGGAACAACAACCAGCCAGAGCAUUACAGAAACAACCAGUUCCAGAUCAGACAGCUGCUCAGCACGAUCAAUGAAAUGGUGGAGCAAAACGGAGGAGGCUGCUACACCAAUGAGUUGCUGCAAGCAGUGGAGAGAAACAUCAGAGAAGAGACGGAGCGAACCGGAUCCAGAGAGGAGGCAAAGAAAAAUGUCUUUGAGACCUUCGUCAAGAAGGCAGAUAUUGGCCGAGAAGUGUUACUGGGAGCUUUUCUUGGUGAUCCGGCAAUGGUUGAAAGGGUUCUUUCAGUUGUAUUUGGUGUUGCAGGUGCUGCCACAGAGGCAGCUGUUGGAGCAGCAGUUGGAGCUUGUGUUGCAGGUCCUGUAGGGGCCGCUGCUGGAGCUGCUGCAGGGGCCGCUGUUGGAGGCAUUGCAGGGGCUUUUGCAGGUUUUAGAGCAGCAAGUCAUCGACGUUCUGGGGUAUAUGAACACCUUCCAACAGAGGAGGAUGAGGAGGAUGAAGGGAGUACAGCUGAGACAAUGCAUGGAUCAUUAAACAGACAGAGAAAGCCAAAGUCUCAAUAGAUGAGCAUAAAAAAACAAACUUUCAUUUAUCUUUAUUCACAGACACAUUAUAAAAGUCUUGUUUUUUUAAUUCCAGAUAUGCCUUUUCUUUAAAUGUGGAUGAAACAUAUU